GUUCCUCCGCAGCCCGGACUACAGGCGCAGUAGCGCGCAGCUGCGACGCGGGGCGCCCCACUCAUUGCAUGGCUCAGCACGGUGGCAAACUCUCGCACGCGUUCGUCAUCACAACUAUCUUCAUCAACCGCAUCAUCCAGUCGUCGUCUCGGAGGCUGUGACAUCAACAGCCAAGCGCUGGACAGCUUCGCCGCGUGAACACUCGAGGGUGACUGUGGAGAGGAGAUUCGCCACCACACCGUGAUCGGUGUUGAGACUGGAACUAUGAGGGCACGAGAAUGCGCGCUGCUGCUGCUGCUGCUCGUCACUUGUGCCGCCUGUGCCGGGUUCACUGAAGCCCAGCAGAGAGGGCUCUUCCCGGCGAUCUUCAACCUGGCCAGCAACUCGGAGAUCACGGCCAACGCCACGUGCGGCGUGAAAGAGCCCGAGACCUACUGCAAGCUGGUGGAGCACGUGCCAGGGAGGCCCUUCAGGAACCCGCAGUGCCGCCUGUGCGACCAGCGCAGCGCCAACCCGGCCGAGCGCCACUCGAUACAGCAUGCCAUUGACGGGACCAACAGCUGGUGGCAGAGUCCCAGCAUCCAGAACGGCGAGCAGUACCACAGGGUCACCAUCACCCUCGACCUCCGACAGGUCUUCCAGAUCGCCUACGUGAUCCUGAAAGCGGCCAACUCUCCGAGGCCCGGCAGCUGGGUGCUGGAGCGCUCGCUGGACGGCGUGACGUACACGCCGUGGCAGUACUACGCCGUCACCGACGCCGACUGCCUCCUCCGCUAUAGCGUCAUGCCCACCAUCGGCAACCCCACCUACCGGCGCGACGACGAGGUCAUCUGCACAUCCUACUACUCCCGGCUGGUGCCGCUCGAGAACGGGGAGAUCCACACCUCGAUGAUAAACGGGCGGCCGAGCGCGGACGACCCCUCCCCGGCUCUGAUGGAGUUCACAUCGGCGCGAUUCAUCCGCUUCAGCUUCCAGCGAAUCCGCACGCUCAACGCCGACCUGAUGACCCUGAACCACCACGGCCCGCAGGAGCUCGACCCCAUCGUGACCCGCCGCUACUACUACUCGGUGAAAGACAUCUCGGUUGGCGGGAUGUGCAUCUGCUACGGCCACGCCAGGGCCUGCCUCUACGACUCGAGCACCAAGAAACACACGUGCCAGUGCGAGCACAACACGUGCGGAGAGAGCUGCAACCGCUGCUGCCCCGGGUACCACCAGAUGUCCUGGCAGCCGGGCACCGUGGCGAGUGGGAACCUGUGCGAGAAGUGUAACUGCCACGGGAAGGCGGGCGAAUGCUACUACGACCCAGACGUCGCGCGGAGGAACCUGAGCCUCAACACGGCCGGCAAGUUCGUCGGCGGCGGAGUCUGCCUCAACUGCUCGCAGAACACGGCCGGCGUGAACUGCGAGAUCUGCGUCGACGAAUACUUCAGACCGCCGAAGGUGCGGCCCAUGGACCCCAACCCCUGCCGACCCUGCAACUGCAACCCCGUGGGCUCCCUCAGCAAGGUCUGCGUCAAGGACGACAAGGAGAGCUCCUCCGCCGACGGCUUGGCACCAGGGAGCUGCCGGUGCAAGCCGGGCUACGGUGGCGAGCGGUGCAACCGCUGCGCGUUUGGCUACAAGGGCUUCCCCAAAUGCGUCAAGUGCAAGUGCAGCACUGAGGGCAGCAUCAACAAGGACCCCUGCAAGGAGCCGUGCAUCUGCAAGUCCAAUGUGCAGGGGAAACACUGCGACAGCUGCAAGCCGGGCCACUACAACCUACAGGAGAGCAACGCGCUGGGCUGCACCGAGUGCUUCUGCUUCGGAGUCACACGAAUGUGCGACAGCGUCCCCUGGGCACGCGCAAAGGUGUCAGACAUGUCUGGCUGGCGGCUGAUGGACAGGCGCGGGGAGCAGGCCAUGCUGCCCACGCAGGACCGCUUCGACGGGCCGCUGCAGCUCAGCGUCAACAACACGAUGGCUCGGCGCGUGCUGCCAGCCACUUACUACUGGGCGGCCUCCAGCCCCUACCUGGGAAACAAGCUGACCGCUUACGGUGGCGAGCUGAGCUUCACGCUGUCGUACGACUUACCACCGGACAUGUUCGCUCCGGCCGUGCGGGCCCGGCUGGAGGUCAUCCUGGAGGGGGUCGGCCAGCACCUGGUGUGGCACGGCGAGGAGGCCCCCAUGCACCCCUUCGAGGAGCAGCAAGUGUCGCUGCGCCUACUGCCCUCCUCCUUCGCCGCGGGCGUGACGCAGCACGACCUCAUGACGGUGCUGACCGAUCUCGCAGCCAUCCUCAUCCGAGUGCCGUACAGCUCCGAGCCACACGCCGUCUACCGGCUCAGCUCGGUGACGCUGGAGGUGGCGGCGGAGGGGACGCGCGGCGCCGUCGCCGCCUCCGAUGUGGAGCUGUGCCAAUGCCCGCCGGGCUACAGCGGCACGUCGUGCGAGAUAAGUGAGGAGCUCGAUGUUUCUGACACGGCUCUUCACCAAGCUCCCCUGGAGACGGCGUGCGUGCGGGGCCACCGCCGCGUCAACGGCAGCCUCUACGGCGGGGCGUGCGAGCCCUGCGACUGCCACGGCCACGCCACCGAGUGCGAUGACGUCUCCGGGAACUGCCUGAACUGUGAACACAACUCGGUGGGGCCACGCUGCGAGCGAUGCCUGCCAGGGUUUUAUGGGAACGCCCAGGAGGGAACGCCACACGACUGCCAGCCGUGCGCCUGCCCUCUCUCCAUCCCCUCCAACAACUUCAGCCCGACGUGCCGUGUGGGGCCCAGCGGAGCGAUGCUGUGCGAUCGCUGCGCCCCGGGCUACGCGGGAGCAAGAUGUGACAGGUGCGCCGACGGCUACUACGGGAGCCCGGGCGUGCCCGGCGGCAGCUGCCAGCCGUGCCAGUGCAAUGGCAACGUCGACCUGUCCACGCCGGGUGCGUGCGACGCGGUUACGGGCGAGUGCCUGCGCUGCGUGGGGCAGACGUCCGGGUGGCACUGCGAGCGCUGCACCACCGGCUACUUCGGGGACGCCAUCGUCGCCAAGAACUGCCAGCCUUGCAAGUGCAGCUCCAACGGCUCGCAGUCGAACACGUGCGAUGCCGUGACGGGCCAGUGCGAGUGCAAGCCCAACGUGGCCGGGAGGCAGUGCGACCACUGCGUGCCCAACUGCUGGUGGGACGCUCAGCAGCGCAAGUGCCAGCCGUGCCGCUGCAGCCUGGAGGGCGCCGUGUCGUCCGCCUGCGACAAGCACGGCCGUUGCGCCUGCAGGCCGGAGUUCUCGGGGAAGCGCUGCGAGUUUAACAAGCAGCUGCUGCAGCAGCAGCAGAGCAGCCUCGCCGGGGGCUGCCCCCGCGGCUCCUACCGCAGGGCCGGCCUUCCGCACUCCGGCGGGGCGCGCCACUACGGGAUGAGCCAGCAGCCCACGGGGUGCGCGCCCUGCAACUGCAACUCGUUUGGCGCGUUCUCGUUCGACUGCGACGAGAGCGGCCAGUGCCACUGCCAGCCCGGCGUGGUGGGGCGGCAGUGCGACCGCUGUGCGCCGGGACAUUACGACUUCAAGGAGGGCGGCUGCACCCGGUGCGAGUGCGAUCACACGGGCAGCAACUGCGACGCCGUGUCCGGGCGAUGCAUCUGCCCCCCGAACACGGAGGGGGCACGCUGUGACCGCUGCUCCCCCAACUGCUGGGGUCACGACCCGGCGCACGGCUGCCAGCACUGCGAGUGCAGCCCCGUGGGUACGUUGAGCCCGCAGUGCGACCAGCGGAGCGGCCGCUGCGACUGCCGGCCCGAGUACUCGGGGGAGAAGUGCGGCGAGUGCCGCCACGGAUUCUACGGAUACCCACGCUGCGCGCAGUGCCGCUGCGACCCGGCGGGCACGCGGGCGGACGCCUGCGACGCCGUCUCGGGGUCCUGCUCGUGCUCGGAGCCGGCGGGGCAGUGCCCGUGCAAGCCCAACGCCCACGGGCUGAAGUGCGACGCGUGUGGCCCGGGGAUGUUCGGCCUCCACGCCGGGAACCCGCAGGGCUGCAGCCAGUGCUUCUGCUUCGGGGUCUCCUCCGAGUGCUCCGAGGCGCUGGGGCUCGUGCGGCAGGAGGUGACGCUUGGCCACGAGCAGGUGGUGCUGCCGGUGGUGGACCAGGCGGCGCUGCGCGAGACGACGCGCGGCGUGCGCUACCAGCGCCCGGACGUCGUCGUGAGCGCCGACGAGGCUCUGCUGGAGCUGCCCGGAGAGCCGUUCUACUGGAGGCUGCCCAAGCAGUUCCUGGGUCACAAGCUCUCAGCCUACGGGGGCACGCUGCGCUACAGCUUCUCGUUCGAGGCGCGCGAGGAGGUGGGCCCGUCGUCGCACGAGCCGCUCGUCAUCAUCAGGGGCGCUCGCAACCACGUCGUCAUCGCGUACCAGGAGCGCGGCCCGCCGGCCGCGCGGCCCGCCGAGCACGCCGUCGCACUCGUCGAGUACAAUUGGAAGUAUUUCAGCGGCGGCUCCGAACACGCGGUGAGCCGCUCCGACUUCCUCUCCGUCAUCAACGACAUCGACUACAUCCUCAUCAGAGCCUCGCACGGCCGCCAGAUGAGGCAGUCCCGGAUCUCGGGCAUUGCUCUGGAGGUCGGAGUGGCGGAGAACGGGAAUUCGCUGAGCGAGCGAGCCCGGCAGAUCGAGAGAUGCGUCUGUCCCACGGGCUACUCAGGGCUGUCCUGCCAGGAGUGCUCGGAAGGGUACUUCCGGCAGAGCGGGAUGGAGCUGACGGUGCGGGGCGCCCGUCCGCACCACGUCGUGCCGCCCUGCGUCGCGUGCCAGUGCCACGGCCACUCCGGCAGCUGCGACGCCGACACGGGGAAAUGUCUGAACUGCCAGCACAACACGGCGGGCGCGCACUGCGAGCUCUGCCAGCCGGGGUUUUACGGCGUGGUGCGCGGCUCGCCGGGAGAUUGCCGCCGCUGCGCCUGCCCCUCCCAGGAUCCGGGCAACAACUUCAGCCCCACGUGCGUCACCGUGGGACAGAGCGACUACUUCUGUGACGCGUGCGCCGAGGGGUACGAGGGCCCGCGCUGCGAGAAGUGUGCCGCCGGCUUCUACGGGGACCCGACGUCUCCGGGCGGAUCCUGCCAGCCGUGUGGGUGCCACGUGGCAGGCAGCACGCACCACCCGUGCAACCCCCGCACGGGCCAGUGCUCGUGCCGGCCCGGCGUGAUGGGGCGCCUGUGUGACUCGUGCAUGCCGCGCCACGUGCUCGUGGCCUCCCGCUGCUUGUCGUGCGACGACGAGUGCACCGGCGUGUUGCUCAGCGACCUCGACUCCAUGGGGCAGCUGCUCAUGUCCGUCAACGUGACGGGGACUAUCCCGGCUCCGUACCCUCGCCUCACCGCCAUGGAGAAUGCAACACACCUGCUCAAGCACCAGCUCUCCCCGCAGAGAGACCCCACGCGGCUGCUCACGGUGGCCGAGACAAAUCUGGGCGGACUCGUCACGGAGAUGGACCAGCUGCUCAACCGGACGACGCAGGUGUACGCGGACGGGGAGCAGGUGGACAAGGACACGAACCGCACGCUCGCCCGCGCCCAGGAGGUGGACACCUUCGUCCGCAAAACGGCCACCGCCGCCGAGGCGCUGGUGGAGAACGCGCGGCAGCUGAACGCGGUGCUCAGCGGGCACGACGGCUCCCCCGAGGGGAACCUGCCGCAAAUCAAGGCCGACAUUGGCCGCAUGCUGCAGGAGAUGCGCGCACGCCGCCUGGUGGAGCCGCUCGCCGCGGCGCGUGGAGAGCUCAAGGAGGCGGAGGAGCUGCUGGCGCGAGUGCAGGAGGAGUUCGCCGAGCCGCACGGAGAGAACCAGAAGCGAGCGAGCGAGGCGGAGGCGACGCUCGGCGCGCACGGCGACCGCCUGCGUGACGCCGAGUCCCUCCUGGCGCAGGCGCAGGGGAAGAUCCGCGACUCGGAUCGGCUCUCGGAGGCGAACCUCCGCACGAUCGGCCAGCUCGACGGCAAGAGGAAGCUGGUGGAGGACGGCCGCAAGGAGGCCGUCAAGGCCCUGCAGGAUGGACAGAGCAUGGUGGAGGCGGCCCGCGGGCAGGCCGACGCCGUCGUGGACGGACUGGACCGACUGGACGAGCAGAAGGACGAGCUGGAGUCGGCGGCAGGGCGGCUCCAGCUGCACGUGGACGCGCUGGUGCGGGAAAUCGGAGACAGGGGCCUGCCGCUGCUCGUCGACCGAGCGGCCAACCACUCGGCACAUCUGCAGGAGGCGGCCAAUCGCCUCGACGGGAUCCUGGCGGAAGCGAAGAACGUGUCGUUCAACGCCACCGCGGCCGUGAAGGCCUACACCAAGAUCAAGGGCAACAUCGAUGAGGCCGAGCGGCUGGCGCGGGAGGCGGGCGAUGUGGCGCACGACGCCCACCGCAUGGCCUCCGGUCCGGGUCUCGAUGGGUCCCUGAAGGACGCUGCCAAGAGCUCCCUGCAGCAGAGCUUCGGCCUGAACAACGAAGCCAAGAAGCUGGGCAAGCAAGUGGACGGCCUCAAGAACCAAACGGGCGGCGUGAGCGACCGCAUCGCCAAAGGCAACCGAGAGCAGACGGAGCUGGAGAGGCGGCUGAACGACGCGGUGGCGAUGCUGCGCAUGAUUCCCAACGACACCGGCGCGAAGAUCGUGCAGGCCAAGGACAAGGCGCGGAUGGCCAACGAGUCCGCCGGGGCGCUGCUCGCCGAGACCAAGGACCUGAACAAGCAGCUGGCCAAAAUCAACGAGGACUACAACAAGCUGAACCAGGACACGCGCAAGACCAACGACUUCAUCAACGACUCCGGCAAGAACAGAAUCAUUGCCGAGGCGGCCGACAAGGCAAAGGCCGUGGACGACGAGGUGAACCGCCUCCUCGAGAAACUCAAGCCCAUCCAGGUGCUGGAGUCGAACCUCAACAAGAACCUGUCCCAGAUCAAGAACCUCAUCAACCAGGCCCGCAAGCAGGCCGCCUCGAUCAAAGUGUCGGUGGCGUCGGGCGGGAGCUGCGUGCGAACGUACCGCGCCGACAUCAAGAAGGGCAAGUACAACACGGUGACGCUCAACGUCAAGACAACCGUGCCCGACAACCUGCUCUUCUACCUGGCCAGCGCCAACACGACGGACUUCAUGGCGAUCGAGAUGCGGCACGGCCGCGUCGUGUUCCAGUGGGACGUGGGCUCGGGCGUGGGCAAGGUGGACUACCCGGAGCUGGAGAUCCACAACAACGUGUGGUACCGCAUCGACGCGGAGAGAUCCGGCAUCAGCGGCUCGCUGUCGGUGAAGGCGCUGGUGGGAGGCCGGGAGCCCACUAAGCAGACGGGGCAGUCCCCCAAGGGCUACACCAUCCUGGACGUGGACAACAACGCCAAGCUGUUCGUGGGCGGCUUCCCCGGCACCACCGUCAAGAAACACGACACGGUCAAGUUCACCGCCUUCACGGGCUGCAUGGGGGAGGCGUUCCUCGACGGCAAGUCCAUCGGCCUCUGGAACUUCCGCAGCACGGGGGGCGACUGCUCGGGCUGCAUCGUGAGCCCUCAGCCCAAAGACGACGAGGGCACGGUGCAGUUUGACGGCGAGGGGUACUCUGCGGCACAGCGGCCCAUGCGCUGGAACGUCAACACCACCGUGCUCGUCUUCAAGUUCCGCACCUUCUCCGCUAACGCCCUCCUCCUCUACUCGGCCACCAGGGACACGAAAGACUUCCUGUCGGUGGAGCUGGUGGACGGCCACGUGAGGGUGAUGUACGACCUGGGCAGCGGCGUGGGCCGCAUCAGCACGAGCCGUCGCUACAACGACGGCACCUGGAAGUCGCUCAACUUCGGACGCAACGGCAAAGCCGGGAAGCUGCGUCUCGUGGACAUUCGCGACAGCAAGCAGACGGAGGAGGUGGCCGGGUCGUCCCCCGGGGGCGCCACCGGCCUCAACCUCCAGAGCAAGGACAAAUUCUACAUCGGUGGCAUCCCCAGCGGCCACAACGCCAGUGUGCGCGUGAGGUCGGAGCUGGCCUCCCGCAACUUUGCGGGCUGUUUGAGGGACGUGGAGAUCGCGGGCAGCUUCCACGGCCUGCUCAGCAGCCAGGAUUCCCUGGGCAUCCGCAAGGGCUGCGCGCUCGACGCGGCGCACUCGGUGAGCCUGCAGGACAAGGGCUUCGUGGAGCUGCCCUCGUUGGAAUCAGCGACGCUGGGGGUGGACGCCGACGUGUCGCUGUCCUUCAGCACCCUCAACAAGACGGGGCUACUGCUGCUGGGCCUGGGCGCGGGGCGCGUGGGCAGGCCGCGGCGUCAGGCCACCGCCCCGCACUACGCCGUGAUGCUGCUCAACGGGCGUGUCAUGUUCCACGUUCAAGUGCCCGACGGCUCCCAGGCCUUCGUGUCAGCGCAGCCCUCGGCCGGGAUCUUCUACGAUGGGAAGGAUCACUCGCUCACCGUCUCGCGGCGCAAGGGCUUCAUCAAGGUGCAGGUGGACGAGGACAACUCGGAGGAGACGGUGUUUGCCAGCACCGCGUCCGUGCGUGUGCAGAAGAUGUACGUGGGGGGCGUCCCACCGUCCGUGCCCCCCACUCUCCUCAAGACCACCCAGUCCUUCCAGGGCUGCAUCCGCAACCUCAUCGUCAACUCUGUCCUGGCAGACUUCGCUAACCAAGUGAUGUUCGAAAAGGCCGACAUCGGGAAGUGCGUGAGCUUCGAGCCCAAGGAGGGCGGCGCGCGCGGCGCCGAGAAGUCGGCCGAGCUGGAGCCGCUGCCGUCCUCGCCGCGCGUCACGGCGUCGCCCCCCGUGGCCGGCGCUCGUCCCACCCGGGGCCCGGCUCCCGGCGGCCACCCGGAGCCCGACGCCCCGCGGAGGAGGCCCCCGGCCAGGCGACCGUCCCCGCCCGUGGUGCCGCCGGCGGCCGUGGCCACUGCCGCGCCGCCCGUCACCGCCGCCGCCGGGCAGUGUGCGGCCCACGUGUCGCCCGUCACGCUCGGCGGAGCCAAGCAGUUCGGCGUCUCGAGGAACAGCCACACGGCCUUCGCGUUCAACGACACCACCGUCAAGAAGGAGUUGGUGAUCUCGCUGGAGCUGCGGACGCUGGCGAAGAACGGGCUGGUGUUCUAUAUGGCGCGCAUCAACCACGCCGACUUCUUCACGCUGCAGAUCAAGGAGGGGAAGCUGCACUUCAGCUUUGACCUGGGCCGGGGAGCGUCCACCAAGCACAUCCCACGCACCGUCAACGACGGGAAGUGGCACAGCGUGCGGAUUACCCGCAAGAACGAGCGAGCUUCCCUCACCCUGGACAAGACGCACGGGGUGACGGUGCAGGGCCCAUCCAGCGCCACCAUUCUGGACGUGGUGGGGAUGAUGUACGUCGGCGGCGUCCCCCAGAACUACACCCUCCGCCGCAUCGGCAACGUGACCUACAGCAUUCCAGGCUGCAUCAAAAACUUCGUCAUGAACGGCAAACAGCUGGACAUGGAUAAGCCGACCUCCAGCUACCGCGUGGAAGUUUGCUAUGUCAAUCCACAGGAGGGCUCUUAUUUUGACGGGACUGGAUAUGCACAGCUGGCCGAGAGUGCCUAUAAAGUCGGCACGGACUUUGAAGUCGUUUUGGAGUUCCGCUCCGUGCAGAGCAACGGGGUCCUGCUCGGCAUCAGCCACAAUAAAAUGAGCGAUGCCGUGGGUCUGGAACUUGUGGACGGCAAGCUGUUGUUCAGCGCCGAUAACGGACCAGGUCGGUUCACGGCUGUCUACGAUCCGGGCGCGGGCGGCUCCCUGUGCGACGGGCGCUGGCACGCCGUCAGCGCCAAGAAGAUCAAGCACCAGCUGGAGCUGCGCGUCGACGGGGCGAUGGUCACCGCGCAGUCGCCGGUGAAGUCCUCCACGUCGGCCGACACCAACCGACCCGUCUACCUGGGCGGCUUCCCUGCCGGCUCGGUGCAGUUCGCGCUGAGCAGCAAGACGCCCUUCCAGGGCUGCAUGCGGGGCCUGCAGCUGGUGAGGCCCCAGCAGACGCUGCCCGUGGACCUCGCCAAGGCCGCCAGCCUCCGCGGGGUGCAGCCGCUCGCCUGCCCCUCGCAGUGAGGACGCCGACGCCGCUGGGCUCGGCGCGGGCGGAGGGCGGCGGGGGCAACGCAGAAGAUGCUCGCGGAGAGUGCGGUCGCUCCACCGCGAGCUGCGCGUUUUCCAGGACGCUGCGACAACUCACGUUUCACUUAAGCAGAAUCAGAGAAUGGCUCACGAAGGCUGCUGCAAUAUUGCGGUACUCCGAUAAAUCGUACGAUUUAAGGUCCACGAUAGUCCUAUCACACGUUUAGAAAGUAUAAUUUUAUCGUCAUAAUAGUUGGUCAUGAAGCAUUUUAGUUUGUAAAGUUGCAACGAUUAGAAGACUUAUGGCAGGUUUAUAUUGAAUAAUUUUACGCAAUCUUUAUGCGUACUUUACACACAUGAAAUCACAAAACCAGGACUAUAAAAACUCUCAAUACAAUAUUGUAUUGUAUCGUGGAAGAUUCCAUUGUGGCAACCGUAGUUUUUCUCAAACUCUGGGCCAAGACUUAGCUGCAGUACACAUUCUGUACUGUAUUGAGGCCAGGAGUGCACAAUUGGAAAAAUUUCCUGUCAUUCUAAAGUUUAUUUGGGAGGCAAUAUUAUUACAUGUAAGUGUGCGUUGAACCAGUCAGUCUUGAGUAUUCCCAGGCAGCAGAAUUUACACAGUGGUUCAUCGAAUGCACAAUAUAAAAAAAAUGACAGUUUAUUUUUAAACUACACUUGGAGUUUAAAAAACCUCAGUGCACUCAUGUGAAAGGCUUCGGGGAGCCGUGGCAUUCUCUCUCAAGUGAAAUGAAAGUUUGUCUUAUAGCUUGACGGCUGGGGAAAGGUUUCCUCAUGGCUGUCUCCUCUCACCUCUUCCUGCCAAUGUGUUUGCUGAUACCACUUUCUGACAGUACCACGUGUAAUAGUUGUAGAAGUGCAGUAUUAAAAAUACUUUUUAAAUCCCAGAAGUCAAUGUUUGUGGAUUGAGUGUAAUCAAAGGGCUGAGCUGAUCACGUCGGCCAGGCAAUACGUGGGCUCCGUUACUGCAUAUGAACUUCGAACUAACAAUGCCCAAAGCUCGACUGCAGACGGAACACAUUCUGACAGGGCCUUCUCGAUUUUUAAUUCAGAUGAACAAAAAUAUAAGCUCUGAUAAUGUAAUGUUUUGUCAAAGAACCUCUCUUUUAAAGUGUUCUGGUGAAUUUAUUUGAAAUCAAAAACAUAUAUUUUUUUUCCAACUAUGCAACUUUUUUUUGUUAUAUAUAUAAAUGCAAUCACUAAUUUCCAGCCAGUCGAUAUUGGACAGGUCCCCCUCAACGUCACUAAAUAAAAAUGUGGCAUCAGUCGGAAAGAUAUCAGUGUACAGUUGCAUGAAACACAUUGCAAGUUUCCCUACGUCAUUUCAAGUCGUGCAACUUGAGAAAAAUGUUGACCGAAGGUGUUUUGUGAGACUGGCCGCAUGUCAGCGUGUGUAUCACAACAGUAUUAAAAGCAUAAAAGUAUGUACGCAGUGUUAUUUCAAAGAACGUGUAUUCGUAUAGUUUCCCCCCUCUUGCCGAGUCCGAUUAGACUUGGAUGGAGUUGCCUCGCUCUGUGGCUGUGCAGCCAUGCAACCAAAGUCGGUUGACCUUGACCUAUGCAACAAGCUACAAUGCUGCAAAUUCCCAAUGGAACUGCAUUCUUAACGAACUGACCAAUCUCAACACAUGCCCAUUGUAUUAAGGUGCGCAGGUUUGAUCACAUUUCUACAUCGUUAGGAAAACUUGUAAAUCUAUUUUUUUUUAUUGUUUGAACGCGCACAUUUGAAGAGUUUUGUUUUUCAGGAUCGUCCGCUGCUUUUAACACAAUUCCUGAGCACGGACGCAAAGGCCCAAAACCUCAAAGAGCCAGCAACAAACAGCAAGAUCAACGCUAUAAUAGAUGAGUGUUAAGACCUUUCUUGAAUUGUUGAGGUAGGUGCUCUGAGAAAUCGGUCAAUCUUCCCGGAACAUUAACAGUCCAGGUUUUAGUCAGUUGCGCAAGCGACUCAAUUGGGAUUACACACAGCAACCGUCGCCACCUACUAGCAGACUAACACCCCAAGUCACCCUUGCAAAUUAAAACUAACCUGGUCUCUUCACCUAUCACUUGGUUAACUUGAAUACACCACUCAAGACUAUGCAUUUACAAGUAGUUAUUCCCUUGAUCUGGUAUUGAGAUAUUCUUCUUCCCGUGAUGUGUCCCAAGUUUAUGUACCUCAGAGGUGGCAACCUUAAAACCAAACUAAAAGUAAAUGUGCUCCUGAAUUAUAACUGCUCCUGAUAAAUUUGGUGCAUCUAAACAAUUGUUAGACAGCCAUUGCUGACUUGCGAGAGAACUCGGUGACAACCCAGGAUGUGGCCUUCUUGCCUGCGCUGGACAUGGUGACUCGGUUUAUACCUGCUCACGACUGAACGUUUUAACGUGUCAGCAUCAGUUCUUCCGUCCAUUCAGGUUCACAAAAAAUACAUCUUGGGGAACUUGACGGAAUGCAGAGGAACACUUUUCGGGCUCCUCAAACACCACCUCUCUUUGUCCACACACUCAAGACCUCAAUUGCACAUAACUCGGUGCUCGAAAAAAUAUUAGGGCCAAGGCAACCACCACUGGCAAAGGGUCUAGGUGGGUUUUUUUUGGUAUUUUCACCCUGUUCUCAUUUUUGAAGGAGCUGUUAGUGUGGCACACAGCGAUAUCACAGGCGAUAGGGCCCUAUCUUAAGCAGUGGACAUUUGGCACCAAAUCAACACUGAUGCAACCCCAAAGGAGCUGCUAAAAAGCCAUGUGGUAGUCGCUUCCAAUUUACAAGUGUACAGAAAAUUGUGCGGACGUGAAAUUGACAGCAUCGUGGUGGUUUAAGUGCAUUUAAUUUGCUCAAGCCAUACAUCAUGACGGAUGACGAUCGUUUCCAUGUUGAUAGUGAAUUAGAGCAAAACUGUGCAAAAUACAAAAAGCCAUUUUGUUAUUGAGUGUUGUCACAAUCA